AUUUUUUCGCUAAAAUAUCCAGUACGUCAUCGGGGCUCAACUUAUAAUGUCCUAAUGCAUCAUUAUGGUAGAGCAUAUAUCAACGGUCAAAUACUGAUGGCCAAUGCUAAGAAAGCACUUGUUGGAACAGCACCUUGGAAUGUCGGAAUAUAUCGAUUAAAUAAAGAUACUUCUAACUAUGACUUGAUAUGUGGAGGAUCCAUAAUUUCUCCGAAUUUAGUAGUUUCUGCGGCCAAUUGCUUUUAGUACAAAGGGAUAGUAUCUAAAAAAAUAUUAAUAAAUGACGAUUCGUAUAAAAUUGCCGCUGGAAAGUUUGAUAAAAAUCUCAUAGUAGUUGACAAUGACUUUACUAGAAUAGUGAAUGUGGAAAUUAUCUACUUAAAUGAACGUUUCUCUGGAGCUCAUGGUUACUUUGCUAAUGAUAUAAUAGCUGUUAUCGUUUUAUCGAGCAGAUAAUAUUUUAGUAACGUUGUUGCACCAAUUUGUAUCGAUUGGAAUAGUAAAUACAGUGUACCGAACGGAGUUGAA